AGCGUGUAAGUCAAGUACGCGACAUCCUCCAGGCCCUACGCCGCUUGGCUGGGGCGACCACAAAUUUCGGCUUGCUACCUGGCUCACCUCUUGCCUUCUCUCUGCUGUUCACUUUCAUCUGCUCACCGCUACUUUUUCUACUUUAUAACUCUUGACGCGCAAUUGGACUUGAAGUCGCCACCGUUUGGUGAUCCAGCAUUUGCGAUCACACGAAGUCGACGGCAAGACGCCACCGAGGCCGUGUCGUUCAGCAGGCACACUAUACCCUCCUCCGUCGUCCUGAGACAGUUCAGCUAUGCCUGUGGAGACGGGAUUAUACGAUCUACUUGGAGUACAUCCAGGGGCCUCCGAUGAUGAGAUCAAGAAAGCAUACCGCAAGAAGGCCAGGGAACACCAUCCGGACAAAAAUCCAGAUGACCCGACAGCUGGGGAGAAGUUCCAGGAGAUGGCCGCGGCAUAUGAGAUCUUGAGUGUACAAGAGACUCGGGAGGUCUAUGACGAAUACGGCAUGGACGGCCUAUCCAAAGGAGGUGGAAGAGGGCCCGGCAUGUCCCCAGAUGAUGUCUUCGCGGAGAUGUUCGGUGGCAUGUUCGGUUUCGACUUCGGCCCAGGCAUGCGGAGACGAACACGAGGGCGGGAUACGACGGUGCCGUACGAAGUCACGUUGGAGGACCUGUAUAAUGGGAAGAGCGUGAAAAUGAACAUGGAGAAGGAGGCAAUCUGCGGAACAUGCAAGGGGACAGGAGCUAAGGGGUCUGCAAAGCCGAAACCGUGUGUGAAGUGCGAGGGUAAGGGUUGGACAAUGAUCCAUACUCAACUUGCUGCUGGUCGUAUUGGGACAACCCGAGCGCCAUGUUCAGAAUGUAGUGGCCAUGGAGAAAAGCUUAGAGAGAAGGAUCAAUGUAAGAAGUGCAAAGGCAAGAAGACGGUCAAGGAGAAGAACCGGCGAGAAAUCUUCAUCGAACCUGGAAUGCCUGAUCGGCAUCGAAUAGUGUUAGCUGGAGCUGGCGAUGAAGAGCCAGAUGUCCCGCCGGGAGAUGUCAUCUUUCUGCUCAAAACGAAGAAGCACGAAUCCAUCGAGCGAUCGGGAAAUGACUUGCUCACGACCGUGCACAUCACCCUCUCAGAGGCGCUAUUGGGCUUCUCGCGUAUCCUCAUCACACAUCUGGACGGCCGCGGAAUUCAAGUCACAAGUCCGCGGGGAAAGAUCAUAAAACCUGGGGACAGCAUUAUUCUGCGCGACGAGGGCAUGCCCGUGCACAAGAGCCCAGACCACAAGGGCAAUCUGUACAUCAUGCUUGAGAUCGACAUGCCGGACGAGGAAUGGCUUUCAACAGUUGACCGGACGGCACUUGAGGGCCUCUUACCACCCAAAAAGCCCGAGAUGGAACCGCGUCCGGAAGUCGUGGAACAAGUGCCAUUCGAGGAGAGUGACAUCGUAGAAGUGCGUGCCCAGCAUUUCUCUGGGUCCGCCUUCUUUGACCGCUCUGGAUUUGCCCGGCAGUUUGGCGAAGACGAAGAUGGGUGGGAGGACGAAGAUGAGGAUGAAGACGAGGACGAGGACGAUGAGGGUGAUUGGGGCCCGCAUGGACAUGAGCCGGAGUGCCAGCCACAAUGAGGCAGGCCUGUGCUUGAGGACGAGGUCGGCAUUGAUGUAUCAUGUGUUUCUGUUGCGAUAUCUUAGAGCUGCCUACUGUUGGGCAUGAUUACUCUCCGCUCUGCAAUUAUACUGUGGAAUGCUUUCGGA